AGAUGAUCCCACCCGAUUUCGUAGUUGUGCGAGGGGUGCGCCUCAACUAGUGAGACGUAGAGGUCAUGGGCUGUGCCCAAGGCACUGCCCAAGCCAACGCGGUGCAGGAAAUCCCCAAGCAAUUGACUCCGCAGCCACAGCGGAAUCAGCAGACGCCUGAGGAGAAAGCAAAGGUCGAAGAUGAGAAGUGCAAGGUGAAAAUCGGCAAUCGAUGCGAAGUGGAGGUUGCCGAGCCUGAAGUUCUUCUGGACUUUGACUCCAUGAAGCACGAGGUGGAUGCCGCCGACUUGAGCGCCAUGAAGAAAGGCCAUGCCUUGCCCAUGAACUUGUCCGCACAUCACAUUUUACAGGGGCGGAUGGACAAGUCGCUCUGCGAACUGACCGCCGACCCCGCGAAGUUGAAAAAGGCCGUGAAGCAGCGUCGCCUGCAGCACGAGGACAUUGCUGCCUUCAAAUCACAAGCUUCAGAAGCCUCGGCAAAGACAUCGGAAUCUUGCAAGUCGUCCACGAGACGGCAGGCAAUUUGAGCAGGACAGCGCAGCUUUAGAGUGUCCACACUUGCCCGCCACGGUCUGACUUGUAGCAGUCGUGGCGGGAUUUUCCCAGUUUUUGCGCUUAGAAAAUAGCCUUCCAGUAGAUAGUUCAUUUAGGGUCGAAAGGGCCUUGCACAAACUUCAAUUGCCUGACA